ACAAAAUCACGAAAAUGACUUCGCCAAUCACCUUGACAUGUGGAACGCACGGGACAGCCAGGCGAUUAUGGUGAAGAAAUUUCCACUGUGGAAGGAACUGGAGAAGGCUGAUAUUCUGCAGCCGGAAGCGCAGCUGCGCUUCGUUCUGGGUUGGGAUGUGGCUCGAACGUGCAGCGAAUCGGGGCGGUACCAGGAAGCAUGGGAACUGUAUCGUGAUAUGAUCGUCUGUGUCCGGAACGUGUCUCCUAAAUACAGCUUCUAUCGGGCGCAGUUUCUUCGCGAAGCGUCAGCGUGUGUAUUAAAUUGGGGAACGGAAUUUAUUGGAGGAAAUAAGGAACAAAAAAAGCGGCUAUUACCGCUGCUCCUGGAUGCUGUUCCUUUAGCGAUCGAAUUAAUGAAAGACGCUCUGGAUACCUAUUCAACAUUAUGCAAGAAGAGUGUUGUGACGGGGAGGAUUGCAUCGUGGUUACUGCUGCAAGAAAAACUUCAGGCCCUUGUUUUAGAAUUUUCAGAAAAAUCUCCCAUGCAAACAGCAAAAUAAGGACCGUGUUGUCAGAGCGGGACUCUCCGCCCUCCAAACUUGCUAUUGCUAUUUCUGGGAAUCUCCACCCCGUACAUUUCCUCGCUGUUUUGACGGAUCUGCACCACAGUUUCACUGGCUGCAGAUUCCGCUUUCCUCAGUUGGUGGUUUUUUGUGUGGCGGCAACAUCGCCAAUGAAGUCGACGUUUCCGGGUUGUUCUGUCGAGGAUAGGCGCGGCGUUCCAUACGACCCCGCGUUAUAGUGUUUUGUGGUCGAAUUCCUUGGUCUCCCGAAUUCUAGUUUGCAAUAUUUUAACAAAAAAACUAUACCAUCCUGGUUUUUUUAACUAUAUUUAUUGAACUUUAUUCCGAUGCGAUAUACAAUCAACAUGCUGUAAUAAUCAACAUGCAUGUAAUCAACAUGCUGUAAUAAGCGCAGUGCAGAUGAUA